CCUACUGGGCGCAAAAAGAGACACUGUCCUGAUGAAUCAGUGCGGUCUGUGAGCAAGAAAGGUAGACACAGUGCGCUCGGAAAAGUCCCAUCUAUUGCUUGUGUACAUAAUGUACAGGGUAUGUGUGUGGCCACUACUGUCUCGGAAAACGAACUGACUCGUUUGUUUAAUCUCCUGUAUUCGACAACUGAUAAGGUGAAACAAGAUGCCAUACUGUUAUCCUACAUGGAUAUCAAAAAAGUUCAGCGUAGGAGGCAGAAAGUUCAGGAUCCUGUCAAGCAAAAGGGCAGGGAAAUGUCGGUCGACUACUUCAUUCUGGAUGAAAACAAGGUGAAACUACCAGUGUGGAAGAAGUCAUUCAUGCGCAUUUUUGUAAGUAUUUUAUUCUUCUACAGUUGCAGGCAUGAAGCACAGUAGAGUGUGGGUCUGUCAUGUCUGUCUGAAUAGAAUUUAAAGGUACAAGCUAAGUGUACUAGCUUAGUGUAGUUUUCAUAGGUACUUUUUUAAUAAACGUGUGAAGAUAUGGCUGUUUUCUCUCCAGUAGCUUGUUUUUUUUCACGGAAUAACAUUACUUUGCCGAUGGGGGGGUAACUCUUUGUCACAUGUACCGGUACAGUCUUGUUCAAUAGUUUUAGGACACCACUUUUUACACCAUAUCUGGAUUACCUUUGGGAAGAAAAAUGUUACAUUUUCACCUCUUAUGUAAAAAUUCCACCGCUUCGCUCAUACUCCCAUUCACUUUGCCAUUUCAGGUGUCAAGAAGGAUCGUCUUACGAAUAUUGCUAAGUACUGGUUUGAGAAGGGGAAUCACGAGGCCUGAAAAUCGUGGCGGUGCGCGCAAAGUCGAAGAAAAUGCAGCCAAGAGGAAAAUUGUGCAGGACCACGUUAAGAGAUUUAUGGGUAGGCCGUAAAUACCUGCCUGUUGAUUUAGACGUGAAAAAAAUGCAUCAGAUGUUUAAGGAGCAAAAUGAUGCUCAAAUCACCUACGCAUUUUACUACAGUGUGUUCGUGUAUAAUUUCAAUCUCGGCUUUGGGCACCCUGCAAAAGAUGUUUGCAGUGAAUGUGUGAAAUUCAAAUUGCAACUUAAGGAUCCGGAACUCUCAGAGUGUCUGAGAAACCACCAAAACCAAAGAAGCCCCGGUAUAUUGAGACGUUAGACAAGACAGCCAGGACACGUUAUGACGCAAAACUGGAACUGAUCAGUGGUUUAGAUCCAUACGAGGUGCCGAAGAAGGAUUGGUCGGCUGACCACAGAAACUUACCUGGAAUUGCCUACCCCGACAUUGUGAACUACCUUGUUUACUCACAAUCUGCGUACUCCCUGGCCGAUCUGAAGGCAUACAAGGCACUAGAUUCGUAUAAUCAGUUUGUCUGUGGAUGGGUGAAGGAUGUCGUACAUCUAACAUCAAACAACAAAGUGGUGUUAAGUGCCAGGGUUCGUCAUUCCCAGCGAAUGAAUGCGACACCUUUUCACCCAUGGAUCGUAUCUGAGUUGGACGGUUCCAUCCUAGAUGCUCAUUGCAACUGCAUGGCCGGAUUAAGCGAGGCAUGCAGUCACGUUGGGGAUCUACUUUUCUGGAUGGAUGCAGCAGUUAGGGUCCGAAAUUCUAAAACUGUUACACAGGAGCCUGCAUACUGGCUAUUACCCACUGUUAUUCAGAAGGUUGGUUACAACGCUGUUGAGGAUAUAGACUUCACAUCCGCUAAAGCGAAAAAGAGAAAGUUGGAUGAGAACCUAACGGGAAAAUCACCACUUACUCCAAAACGAUAGAUGCUUCUUUUACCUGAUGUGCCAGAUCCAACUGACAAUGAAUGUACAGCCGUGCUAGAAACUUUGUUUAAAGGUCAGACUAGAUCCGUUAUCCUAACUCUCAAGCCAACAUACGCCCAGCAUUUUGUUCCUACUUCACUCGGCGAUAAAUUCCCUCUGCUUAUAUCUGAAUAUUUUGACGAACAGUGUGUGGGUAUGUCCCCUUCGGAACUUGUACAGCAUUGCACAGAUAAAGUGUUCAACGAGAUAAGUGUAAGUGCAUCGCAGGCAGAACAGGUUGAGGCCGAAACCAGACGUCAAGCCGAGAGCAAACAAUGGCAUCGAUUUAGAACAGGGCGAGUGACAGCUUCGCGUAUGAAGGCAGUUUGCCAUACGAGAAUGGACAAGCCAUCACAGAGCCUUGUUAAGGCAAUUUGUUACCCCCAUACAUCAAAACUUCACACGGCAGGUAUACGUUGGGGUUGUGACCAUGAGAAGACAGCGCUUUCAACAUAUGCUGAUCAGAUGCGUCAGUCUCAUGAAAAUCAUCAACUCACAAACAGUGGACUUGUUAUGAAUCCUGCCUAUCCAUUCAUGGGAGCCACACAAGAUUCCCUGGUUUCGUGCGAUUGCUGUGGUGAUGGGUGUGUGGAGGUGAAGUGCCCGUGUAGGAAGGAUUUCGCGGAGAUAGACAGUCGUUUUUGUUUAGAGAAGGUAGACGAGGAAGGAAAACUUCAAUUAAAGCGUACUCAUGCCUACCAUUAUCAGGUGCAGACACAACUGUUUGUGUGUAACAAGGACUAUUGUGACUUUGUUGUUUGGACGGAGGGAGCUCUGCAUAUUGAGAGGAUUGAACCUGACGAGGAGUUCUGGCUGUCGGUUGAGCUCAAGGCAGAGACAUUUUUCAAGGCGGCAGUUCUUCCCGAGAUGGUUGGAAAGAUGUUUUCUAGGCCACAGCCAGCUACCGCUUCUAUAUCCACCAUCACACCGGCUCCUCAACCUAGAUAAACUGCCGUCCGAGCGUGUUCUGGGUAACACGUGGAGAGUGGAAUCGGACGAGUUCUCGUUUGAUGUUCACGUGCAGGGAAAGCCUAAUACUAAGAGGGGGCUCCUGAGCGUCACCAGCUUGGUGUACGAUCCUCUUGGAUUUGCCUCUCCCUUUGUCUUGAAUGCAAAGAGGCUGUUCCAGACACUCUGCCGCUUGAAGAACGGAUGGGAUGAACCCUUGCCGCCGGAAGUCCUGGAACAGUGGAAUCGGUGGCAGGUGGACCUCCCGAGGAUCGCGGAACUCCGGGUUUCCCGAUGCCUCAAACCAAAUGCUGAAAACGACAAACGACAAAGUACCUACCAGCUGCAUCACUUCUCGGACGCCUCCGAGACGGGCUUUGGAGCC